CAAACGUCAUUCACAGGACCGCCCUGUGGAGUUCUGCUGGAGAGCGCGCUCUCCGCCAGAAGUCAUAAAGUCAGACUUCACCAACGGGGCACGGGCCAGGAGAGAGAGAGAGCGAGGCUGGAGCGAGGAGAGGGUGGACUUAUUUGGUGGCCCACAACGUUUAAUGAAACACGGCGAUACAUGCGGUAUGUUUGCUCUCAUGGCUUCCUUACUCCCGUUUUUUCCCCACCUGAAAAGAUAAGCCAAUGGGCUCGAGAACUUGUUGGUACCAUCCCGGGCAUAUUUCCCAUCAUACGAGACCCGUCGCAAGCGCACCUGUGACAUCAGCUCUGUGUUGAUCUGCCCGACACGCCGUGAAGACCCGCUACUUUUCACCAUCCUAAUCCGAAGACAUGACGGUGUCCCCGGUCUGCAAACUGGCUAAAUACCCGGCGAGACUAACAUUAAUGACCGAAGCGGUGUCAGGGUGUUUGUGAUUGAGCCACAGAAGCUGUCUCGAGACGACCGGCGGGACGCCAGGGCCGUAUGGAACUUUCUUUUGGAGGACAAGGAACGCACCUGUUCGAUGCCCGCCGGGACUGGACCAGGACAGGGUUCCCAAAGCGAUGGCGUCUGAGGUGGCGUGUGGAUUGAUCUUCAGAUUACUUCUUCCAAUAUGUCUGGCUACCGCCUGUCUGUUCAGGUUCAAUGGCCUGUCCUUUGUCUACCUCAUCUACCUCCUGCUUAUCCCUCUCUUUGCAGAGCCCACGAGCACCACCAUGCAAGGCCACACAGGGAGGCUGCUCAUGUCGCUGUGUUUCACCAGCAUGUCCUUCGUGCUGUUCCACAUCAUCUACCAGAUCACAGUCAACAGCCUGCUGGCCACCCACUCCAUCAGCGCCGACUUCAACUGUUCUAUGUGGGAGAAGUCCAUAAGGCAGAUUGGCUUUGAGAGCGUGAUCGGGGCGGACGCCAUGAACGGGAUCCGCGUGUUCCUCCCGGACAUCGGCAUGUUCCUGACGGGCCUGGCGGUCUGGCUGGUCUGCCGCAGCCUGGUGCACAAGAGGCCCUCCGAGGACAUGGCCCAGGACAACGCUCACUUCCAGGCAGAGGACCUGGAGGAAGAGGAGAAGCUGAGCCUGGAGGGCAACAUCCUGUUGGAGGAAGACCACGAGGCGGGCUACGAGGCCGAGGGAGACGAUGACGAAGAGCUGUCCGAUGAGGAGGAGGACGACGACGACGAGGAGCAGGAGGGGGACGAGCCUGAGGAGGAGGAGGAGGCGAAGGAGAGCGCCAAGAUGAAGGUCCUGCGAUUCGUGGCGGGCGUGGCGUCCAAAGUGAAGGAGAUCAUCGGGGACCUGAUCACCACCGCUGGGAAGGUGGUGGUCACCAUCCUGCUGGGCCUUACGGGCGCCAUGCUGCCCUCGCUGACCUCGGCGGUGUACUUCUUCGUCUUCCUCUUCCUGUGCACCUGGUGGUCCUUCUGCCGCACCAUCGACACGCUGCUCUUCAGCUGCAUGUGCGUGCUGAUGGCCAUCUUCAGCGCCGGCCACCUGGUGAUCCUCUACCUCUACCAGUUCCAGUUCUUCCAGGAGGCCAUCACCACUGACGACUACUACAUCAGAUUGUUUGGCAUCUCCCCCCUCAUCCGAGUCGACUGCACGCGCACGUGGAAGCUCAACAAGAACCCGGAGCUCUACUGGCACCACUUUGUCAACCCGGGGAUGCUGCUGCUGCUGUACUACACCCUGGCCACGCUCAUCCGCCUCUGGCUGCAGGAGCCCACCGGGCAGAUGGAGGACAAGGAGGAGGCGGAGGGAGAGGAGAAGGAGGGGCUGAUGGGCAACGGGACCAGCAGCUCGGCCGACAGGAGGAGGCACAUCUGGCGGCUCACCAGCCGCGCCACGGAUGAGAGGGAGGGUCCCAACGAGAACUCUUUCGAAUUCACCACAACUGACAAUGGACCGGUCAGUGUGGAUCUCUAUUCAACCCCGCACUACAAAAUGGACCAGUCCACCUUCAAUCCAGACCCAGAGAUUAAGCACGAAUGUGUGUACGAAGUGAGGCUGCCCUCCGAAAUGGGUAUGGAGGGGGGGAAGAAGGAUGGGGAGGAGACGGAGACGGAGGGCGAGGACCGGGAGAAGGCCAGUGCUGUGGUCACCGUCUUCCGCUUCAUCAUGAAGCAGAGCUACAUCUGCGCUCUCAUCGCCAUGAUGGCCUGGAGCAUCACCUACGUCAGCUGGCUGACCUUCGUCUUCCUGCUGUGGUCGUGCAUCCUGUGGAUGGUGCGCGACCGUCGGCGCUACGCCAUGAUCACCUCGCCCUUCAUGGUGAUGUACGGCAACCUGCUGCUGGUGCUGCAGUACAUCUGGAGCUUCGAGGUCCUGACCAAGGUGUCGGGCUUCUUCCUCAAAGGGAACGUGCCCUUCAGCGAGCUGUGGACCAAGAUGCUGUGUCUGCUGAGCUUCUGGCUGCUGCUGAGGCAGACUCUGAUGGAGCGGGAGGAGAAGCUGAGCCACACGGAGGCGGCUCUGUCCGACGUGGUGGUGGACCAGGACAAGGCCAAAGAGGAGGAGGAGAGGAGGUCGUCGGAGAAGGAGGAGGAGGAGGAGGGGGAAGGAGGGGAGCCGGACGUGGUGCAGGUGCUGGGCAGCCUGAUCAUGGCCCUGCUGGUCAAGUACUGGCUCUACAUCUGCAGCGGCAUGUUCUUCUUCGUCAGCUUCGAGGGCCGCAUCGUCAUGUACAAGAUCAUCUACAUGAUGAUGUUCCUGUCCUGCGUGGCCCUCUACCAGGUGCACUACGAGUGGUGGAGGAGGGCUCUCAAGUACUUCUGGAUGUCGGUGGUGAUGUACACCAUGCUGGUGCUCAUCCUGGUCUACACCUUCCAGUUCGACACCUCCCCGCCCUUCUGGAGGGGCUUGACCGGCAUGGAUGACAAGCAACUGGAGGAUCUGGGCCUGGAGACUUUCUCUGUGCCCGAGCUGUUCAGCCGCAUCUUCAUCCCGGCCUCCUUCCUGCUGGUCUGCAUCCUCCACCUUCACUACUUCCACGACCGCUUCCUCGCGCUCACAGACCUCCAGGCUCUGGUGGCCAAGGAGGAAAGCACGAUCUACAGCCAUGCUAAAGUCAAUGGCCGUGUCUAUGUGAUCAUGAAUAGCAUCAAGCAAAAAAUCCCCACGCAGUCGAGCAAGCUGGCCCACCCUGACGGCAGCCUGGCAGACCUCACCCUGCUCAGCUCCAGCUCGGUGGACGAGCCGUCCCUACGUUGCACCGAGGACAGGAAGGGCGGGGGGGCGGGCGGGGGGGCGGGUGGGGUGCCCGAGGAGAUGCUGGUGGUGGUGACGUCCACGGAGGAGGAGGACGCCUCGUCGGCGGGGGGGACCGGCAGCUACUCCCUGGGGAAGAGGCAGCGGCGGUCGGGCAGCGAGGGGAGCCGGUGCUGCAGCAGCGGGGGCGCCCCCACCACCGAGAACAGCACCGAGCAGAGCUCCGACCUGAAGAACAAAUGGCAUCUGGUGGUGGACCGGCUCACGGUGCUGUUCCUCAAGUUCCUGGAGUACUUCCACAAGCUGCAGCUCUUCAUCUGGUGGCUGCUGGAGAUCCACAUCAUCAAGAUCGUGUCCUGCUACAUCAUCCUGGUCUCCAUCAAAGAGGUGUCCCUCUUCAACUCGGUGUUCCUGGCGUCCUGGGCCUUCGCCCUGCCCUUCACCCAGGUCCGGCCCAUCGCCUCCAGCAUCUGCACCGUGUGGACGUGCGUCAUCGUCAUCUGUAAGAUGUUGUACCAGCUGAAGUCCAUAGAUCCGGAAUUCUACUCCAGCAACUGCACCCUGCCAGCAGGCUACGCACUCAAAAUAAUGGAAGAACUGACGAGUGAGUCUGUGCUUUAUAAAGAGCCGGUGGAUCCAGCCAACUGGGUGGGCCUCAUGAAGUCUGAACCCCUGUUGGAAUACCUGCGGAACAACCUGUUGAUGCUGGCCAUCCUGGCGUUCGAGGUGACCAUCUACCGCCACCAGCAGUACUUCCGGCUCCGCAACAAACUGACCCCGCCCGCCGCCCGGAUCAUCUUCCACGGCAUCACGCGCCAGCACCUGGACCAAGGCAUCGUCAACUUCGUCAAGUACUUCGUCAACUACUUCUUCUACAAGUUCGGGCUGGAGACGUGCCUGCUGCUGGUGGUCAACGUGAUCGGCCAGCGCAUGGACUUCUACGCCAUGCUGCACGCCUUCGCACUCAGCGUGGUCAUGUACCGCCGCCGGAGGAAGGCCAUCGCUGAGAUCUGGCCCAAGUACUGCUGCUUCCUGGCCUGCAUGAUCACCUUCCAGUACUUCAUGUGUGUGGGGAUCCCCCCCGCCGCCUGCAAAGACUACCCUUGGAGAUUCCCCAACUCUGGCACAGAGUCCAACGUGGUCAAGUGGCUCUAUGUUCCUGACUUCCACACAAAGCCCAACCCAAUGUUCCUGUUCUAUGACUUCAUGCUGCUGCUGUGCGCCUCCCUCCAGAGGCAGGUAUUUGACGACGAGAACAAGGCGGCCGUGCGUCUCAUGGCCGGGGACAACGUGGAGAUCUGCCGGGACCUGGACGCCGCCACCUUCAGCGUGCACAACCCCGUCCCCGACUUCAUCCACUGCAGGUCGUACCUGGACAUGCUGAAGGUGACCAUGUUCAGCUACUUGUUCUGGUUCGUCCUCACCAUCCUCUUCUUCACGGGUACCACUCGCAUCAGCGUCUUCUGCAUGGGCUACCUGGUGGCCUGCUUCUACUUCCUGCUCUUCGGGGGGGAGCUGCUGCUCAAGCCAAUCAAAAAGAUCCUCCGCCUAUGGGACUUCCUCAUCGCCUACAACGUCUUCGUCAUCACCAUGAAGAACAUCCUGUCGAUCCUUGCCUGUGGUUACAUCCACACUCUGCUGGUGAAGCACUGCUGGUUGAUCCAGCUGCUGAGCCUUGCUUGCACCAUCAAGGAGUACAAAUCAAACGAUAUCAAUCAGGAUCACAUCGAUAUAGCGGACCAAUGCGAGCUCCCCAAGGACGAGGCGGGCAUCAUCUGGGACAGCAUCUGCUUCGCCUUCCUGCUGCUGCAGCGCCGCGUCUUCAUGAGCUACUACUUCCUGCACGUGGUGGCCGACAUACGCGCCUCACAGAUCCUUGCCUCCAGGGGCGCGGAGCUGUUCCAGGCCACCAUCGUGAAGGCAGUGAGGGCCAGGCUGGAUGAGGAGCACAGGUCCAUGGAGCAGCUGAAGAGACAGAUGGACCGCAUCAAGAUGAGGCAGCAGAAGUUCAAGCGGGGCAAGGAGAAGAUGCUGAGCAUGACCCAGGAGUCUGGCGAGGGCCAGAGCCUGGUGCCGCCCGAGGAAGAGGAUGACGGAGCAGAGCGAACGAAAGCCAAGACCAAAAAAAAGCAGUGGUGGAGGCCGUGGGUAGACCAUGCUUCUAUGGUGAGAAGUGGAGAUUAUUACUUGUUUGAAACUGACAGUGAGGAAGAGGAGGAAGAGGAGGACAAAACCGAGGAGGACCUUCCUAAAAAGUCAGCGUUUCAGCGUGCUAUCGGAAAGUUUGCCUCUGCUUUGCUGGCAUUGCCAAAGUCUAUUAUCAAACUGCCCAAAACUGUACUGCAGUAUGUAAUGAAGGCAGGCAAGUUCCUCUACCACGCCUGGAUCACAGACCCCAAGACGGCUCUCAGGGAGAAGGCCAAAGAGAGGCGCAAGUUCUGGAAGAAGUACACCAAGGGAGUGCGAAGCAGAAAAAGCAAGAAAGAGAGUCAUGUGACUAUAGAGGUAGGAGACCUGCCGGAGGGUGUAGGGGAAGACGAGGACAGCAAAAAGUCUGAAGGCCCAGACAACGUCAUCAAGCGCAUGUACAACAUCAUCAAGUUCUUGCUGGUGCUGUGCCAGACCACGGUGGACAGUUUCACCAAGUGGAUGAAUGAGAUGUGCCAGGAGCACAUCGACAUCUCCAGCGUGCUGCGCAUCGAGCGCUGCAUGCUCACGCGCGAGGUCAAGAAGGGCAACGUGCCAUCCAGGGACCACAUCCACGUGUACUACCAGAAGGCCAUGAGGCUCAACAUGUCCCGGCAGUCCAGCAUGGACCUGCUCAGCGAGGACGACUCGGGCUCCCAGAGGGUCCCCAGACGGAGGCAGGGGCGCUUCCCCAUGGGGAGCGGGGACUCCAUGGCCUCCCGGGACAGCAUCUCCAGCGGGUACACGGAGGCCACCAUGCUGUCCCGCCAGUCCACCCUGGACGACCUGGACGGCAUGCCCGAGUGCAUCCCCAAAACCAGCGAGCGGGCGCGGCCCAAGCUGCGCAAGAUCUACGGCAUGGACGCCUCCAACUCCUCGGCCGACAGCGGGAGCAGCCUCGUGUCCAGCGAGGCCACCCAGUGUAUCACGCUGUACUCCCGGCAGGGGACCACGGACACCAUAGAGGAGGUGGAGGACGAACACGACCUGGGAGAAGACGGGCGCCAGGCGGAGCCAAGGGGCUGCCAGGAGCCGGAGGGCUCUCUGGAGCCGGGGGGCUCCCAGGAGCAAGAGGGGUCUGUGGAGCCAGGGGGGUCACAAGGGCCAGAGGGCUGCCAGGAUUAUGAGGGGUCCCUCGAGCCGGAAGGGUCCCCACAGCCAGAGGGGUCCAUGGAGCCAGAGGGGUCCCCACAGCCAGAGGGGUCCCCGCAGCCAGAGGGGUCCCCACAGCCAGAGGGGUCCAUGGAGCUAGAGGGGUCCCAACAGCCAGAGGGGUCCAUGGAGCUAGAGGGGUCCCAACAGCCAGAGGGGUCCUCGGAGUUAGAGGGGUCCCCACAGCCAGAGGGGUCCUUUGAGCUAGAGGGGUCCCCACAGCUAGAGGGGUCCCCACAGCCAGAGGGGUCCUUGGAGCUGGAGGGGUCCGCACAGCCAGAGGGGUCCCAGGAACAGGCGGAGUGCGGGGAUUCUGAGGGGUCCCAGGACCCUGAAGGGUCGGAGGAGCCGGACUGGACUCAGGUACUGGACGGGUCCCAGGAGACGGAAGCCGGGCCCUGGGGAGUGGACAACCCUGCUUGGCAGAAGGACGACGAGGAGGAAGGCCAGGAGGACCAGUGCAGACAAGGGGUCUCCUGGGAUUCCUUUGGCCCAGGAGAAGGCCCCUCCAUGACGGGGACGGAGACGGAGGAGGGGGCGGGGGCGGGGCCGGCCGGGAUCCAGGACCCGGACUACACCACAGAUAGCGAGGACGGGGAGGCCGGUGCGCGCGAGUCCUCCCGGCGCCGGGGCCGGUCGGCGCUGCUCUACACCCCCGACACGGACGCCUCCAAGACGUCGGACGCAGAGGUGCCGCCGAGUUACAGCAAGGUGGUGAGCUUCGACCGCCUGGAGGUCAGCGACGACGACAGCGACGUGGGCCGCGGGAGGAUGGCGAUGACCUCAGACAGCCGGUCGGAGGGCAGCACGCGCUCCGACCUGGCGCAGCCCUCCAUGAUGACCGAGCUGACCGCCAGCGAGCUGUUGCUCAGCAAGAUGUUCUACGACGAGGAGCUGGACCAGUCAGAGAAGUUCUAUGACAGCCAGCCGCUGGGGCUGCAGCUGGGCUACGCGCUGUACAACAUGCUGGUGGCCCACUCGGAGAUGGUGUGCUACCUGGUGAUCAUCCUCAACCACAUCAUGUCGGCCAACCUCGCCACGCUGGUCAUCCCCAUCAACAUCUUCCUGUGGGCCAUGCUGUCUGUGCCGCGUCCCAGCAAGCGGUUCUGGAUGACCGCCAUCGUGUACACGGAGGUCACAAUCUGCAUCAAGUACUUCUUCCAGUUCGGCUUCUUCCCCUUCAACCAGAUGAAGGCGGAGAAGUCCAAGCCGUACCACCCGCCCAACAUCAUCGGUGUGGAGAAGAAGGACGGCUACGCCCACUAUGACCUCAUUCAGCUCCUAGCCCUCUUCUUCCAUCGCUCCAUCCUGAAGUGCCACGGCCUGUGGGACGAGGACGACAAAAGGCAGCAGAAGCGGGAGCAGGCCGCCCAGGAGACGUCGGAGGACGAGGGGAACGGCGUGGGGCGGGCCAGCGAGAAGAAGGAGAAGGUGAGGGACGCGGCGGCGGCCCCGUCGGUGAGGUCGGAGAGCCGGGGCUCCAUGAGGUCGCUCAACUUUGACGGCCCCGUGGACUCGGUGCAGGUGCAGAUGCACCACUCCCAGCAGAAGACCUUCCAGCGGCGCAAGAGCUCCAGCGGGGGGUCGUUCAUCUCCCACCGCUCCGGCCUGUCGUCGGCGCGGUCCAAGAGAGGAAGCACCGCGUCCCACAACAGCAGCCGGUACGACGGCAGCGAGGCAAGCGUGCAGAAGAGCCGGAAGCAGCUGAUGGCGGAGAAGCUCAGAGAACAGCUGAUCAGGGGCAAGGCCAUGGUGGUCAAACGAUGCAUGGAUUUCUACGAACCCAUCCGCCAGUUCUUCUACAACCUGAUCCACCCCGAGUACAGCGCCGUGACCGACGUCUACGUGCUCAUGUUCCUCGCCGACACAGUCGACUUCAUCAUCAUCGUGUUCGGAUUCUGGGCUUUCGGCAAACAUUCUGCGGCAGACAUCACCUCGUCCCUGUCAGAGGAUCAGGUUCCUGGGCCUUUCCUGGUCAUGGUUCUGAUCCAGUUUGGGUCCAUGGUGGUGGACCGCGCCCUCUACCUCAGAAAGACCGUCAUGGGCAAGGUCGUCUUCCAGGUCAUCCUGGUCUUCGGCAUCCACUUCUGGAUGUUCUUCAUUCUGCCCGGAGUCACAGAGAAGCGUUUCAACCAGAACAGGGUGGCCCAGAUGUGGUACUUUGUCAAGUGUAUCUACUUUGGACUGUCGGCCUAUCAGAUCCGCUGUGGGUAUCCCACCCGCGUCCUGGGCAACUUCCUCACCAAGAGCUACAACUAUCUCAACCUCUUCCUGUUUCAAGGGUUCCGCCUGGUUCCCUUCCUAACAGAGCUGCGGGCGGUGAUGGACUGGGUGUGGACGGACACGUCCCUGUCGCUGUCCAGCUGGAUCUGCGUGGAGGAUAUCUACGCUCACAUCUUUGUGCUUAAAUGUUGGAGGGAGUCUGAGAAGAAAUUCCCGCAGCCGCGUGGGCAGAAGAAGAAGGCGACGGUGAAGUACGGUCUGGGGGGCAUGAUUGUGGCCCUGCUCAUCUGCAUCGUGUGGUUCCCGCUGCUCUUCAUGUCCCUGGUCAAGUCUGUGGCCGGUGUGGUCAACAAGCCGCUGGACGUCUCGCUCACCAUCACCCUGGCCGGCUUCCAGCCCAUCUUCACCAUGAGCGCUCAGCAGAAGCAGCUACGGGAAAUUACGGAGCAUCAAUAUGCUGCCUUUGUGAGGGGAUAUACUAACAAUGACGAAUGCUUGCAAUGGCUGGAGACCUACCAGUACCAGGACCUGAUUAUUGCUGAACUAGAGGGCAGCUCCAACUCUCUGUGGACCAUCAGCCCACCCAGCAGGAAAAAUCUCAUCGACAUGCUGCGACAUCCUGGAGAGGAAUUCACCAUCACUGUGUCCUGGUCCAUUCAAAGGAACCUUACACUGGGUGCUAAGGCGGAGUUUGCCACGGGCAAGCUGGUGGAACACCUCGACACCGACACCAGGGACCACCUGAUGCAGCUGCUCAACAACAACUCCACCACCACAGCGAUCCUCAAAGAUCUCUUCCCACGGUAUCUCCGGGCGCCUACCGAUUCGGCUUCCAAACCCGUGGAGCAGCUUUUAAAGGAUAAGAAGAAGGAGAACAUCAGCUUGUCGCUACAGCGAAGCACACAAAGCUCCGGGGAGGUGCGGGAGUGGUGGGUCGUCAACCAGUCGGAGUCCGGCUUCUUCAAAAAGCCCAACCAAACGGGGCUGAAUCUGUACAUAUUCAGCGACCAGGUCAGCCCCCCCAGCCUGGGUUUCCUGGCAGGAUACGGCAUCAUGGGCCUGUACGCCUCCGUGGUGCUGGUGAUCGGCAAGUUUGUGCGCGAGUUCUUCAGCGGCAUCUCGCACACCAUCAUGUUCGAGGAGCUGCCCAACGUGGACCGCAUCCUCAAGCUGUGCACGGACAUCUUCCUGGUGCGGGAGACGGGCGAGCUGGACCUGGAGGAGGACAUGUACGCCAAGCUCAUCUUCCUCUACCGCUCGCCGGAGACCAUGAUCAAGUGGACCCGGGAGAAGACGGAGUGACCGCUGUGUGGCGCCCCGGCGCCCACACCUGACCCGCACACUCCACCCUCCCCCCCACACCUGACCCUCAUACUCCACCCUACCCCCACACCUGACCCUCAUACUCCAUACUCCCCCACACCUGACCCUUACUGUAUGUUCACACCACACCCCCCCCCGCAAGAAGACAAGCAAGGGGACCCCCUGCUUCCUCCCCCCUACGCUUUGCGGUCUCCCACGGCAACGGUACGGUGAUGGUUUUAAAGGGCUCCACACCGACAGACACUCGGUGCACAACACCAGAAAGCACAAACCCGCCUGGUGUGUGUUCUGCUUCUUCUUCCCUUCGCCUUCCACCACAACCCUUGGGAUUGUAGGGGUUUGUGCAAUACAGAGCUCUCCAUACAAAGGCCUCAGUAGAGAGAGACAGAGAGAGAGAGGGCUUUCUUUACCUUAUAUGUGGACAGCAUGAGGACGGGCAGCCUCUGGCGGAGGUCCGGUUGUAAGAACUGCCCAGCCCCUAACCCCUAUUUAGUUGUUUUUUGAAUACCAGAGCCUACCGAAUUCAACUCCUGCAAAAAAAACAAUGCAAAGACGCAAUCACGGCGGGAUCUCACCCUCACUCUGUUUGUACGCGAGAUCCAAAACUGUUCAUAAUAAACCACCAACUCCAUAUCUUUCUCAGGAAGAGCUGUUUUCAACCACAAUGAGGUCCCGCGACGAGAUGGCGGCGGCCGCCCCGACAGGCCCUCGCAUCACUUUAUAGGAUCUUAGCAUUAGGAGGGAGUCUAAUGAAUAUUCAAAUGAAAUGACAGAAAAUGUUUAAAAAAAAAGGGAGUGAUGAAAGAUGACUAUUUAAAAAGGCAUGCGAUUAUUACAAGAUAAUGAAAAGAAAAACUGGGUGGACUUUUCAAGAUGCAGUAUUUACCCUGCCGGCUUGAUUACCACUCACACCGAUCCCGGUCGCGGGUAUUGGCGGCCCAGUUUCUAUUCCAAGAGGACACGCUACACUUUUUCCCUCACAGUGAACGGGAUCAAUUGAUAAUCGUAUUUUGCAUUAUUUCCAGUCUGGCCGGAGUCUAGACCGCGGGAGGCCUAUUUUUAAAUCAGGGUAUUGGGUGCUGUUGAGGCGCUAAGACUGUUGCACACACACAGCGAUUUCUUUCAACGCUACCGAUGGGAAGUCAUUCACCCAGCUGCGGUGGCGAGGAAAACGUGUCCCGUUCUAUUCACACAACGGACAAAAGCCCUCUUUCGGUCAGAAGCUAUGCAUUAGAGGAAAUUGUAGCAUGAAAAAAAAACGACGUUAUUAUUGUCGUGAGUAAUUUACAUUACAUGUACAUACCAUGUUAUGUGAGGGGUGGGCGAAUGAAAUGUGAAGUUAUACCUGUAGGCUAUGUUAUAUGGUAUUUAUGGUAUGAAAAGAGGUCCCGAGAACGGCAUAAUAAAACAUCUCGAAAUUUG